AUGUCGACCUUCACAUCCCUCACUGCCCUAAAGCCAUUCAAAACUCAAUGGAGGAUCCCUGUCAAGAUACUGAAGUUGUGGAAACAGUAUUUGAAUGGGAUCGAGAAGAUGGAGAUGGUCGUUGUCGAUGAACUGAAUCAAACUAUGCAUGUUAGUAUGAAGAAGCAGUUCAUAAAAAAAUUUGAAAAUCUUCUAGAGGUAGGAACUACUAAGAUCAUCACUAAUUUUCAAGUCACUCACAACGGUGGUAAGUUCAGGACUACUUCUCAUGUUUACAAGAUCCAGUUUGCUGCCACGACGUCUGUCAGACCUUCUGAAGAUCUGGAUGCCACAAUUCUUGGGUUGAAGUUGGUGAACUUUGCUGAUAUUCACGAGGGCAAGUUGAAUCCUGAUUUUCUAAUAGAUAUUGUUGGACAAAUUGUUAGUAUUGGUGAGGUUGAGAUUCUCAACGUUAACAAAAAACAGACCAAACGUCUAACAAUGACACUUCGUGACACCAGCUUACCAAAAGAUGAUGUGACUUUGUCAUACACACACCCUAACCAAUUGACAAUUGUCAAUUCUGUUUCUGUAAGAGAUGAUUUCUUCUUACAUACCCCUCGCCAGACAAUAAGUGAAAUACUUGGUGCAUCUGAGGUUGAAAAAUGUGUGACUAUGGCUACCAUCAUGUCUAUUGACACUGAGUUUGGAUGGUACUAUAUGUCAUGCAAAGUAUGCUCUAAAAAGGUGCUUCCUCUUGAUAUAGAUUUGUUGAAAGAGCAAUAUCCUGGUAGGCCAUUUCCUAAACAGUUGUGGAAAUGUGGCAAAUGUAAGGAUGAUGUUGAAAGUGUCGUACCAGCGUAA